AUGGGAGAUCGAGUGAAAAAGAACUGGCUAAAGCCGCCAAAACAAGGAAUUCCAAAGGGCGCUCUUGGAGUGUUGGUUACUGUCGAAGGAAACGAAAAAGCUGCUGUUCGCGAAUUCUACAACCUCAUUGACACUUUUGUUGAUGCUGAAAAGCAAGCUGGAAGGAUUUAUUACGAAAAGGAGAAGGAGGAAGAUUCUCAAAGCAGUACCUGCGACGCUGCUGAUGAAUUGGCCGCGGAAUUGGCGGACCUGAAGGAUAAGAAGUUGAAAACUGAUUCUUCAGGAUACUCAAAACCUAAACAGGUAUGCUUUUGUGGGUUUUAUUAAGAUUUUCAUGUUUAGUUCCCCACCAACGUCAAAAACAUAUUGUUCUUCCAAAUGCCGUGUACCCCUGAUGAAUUGUACGAGCUUGGCCGGAAGUUUAUUGAGAGAUGUCAGGAGAUGCGAUGCUGUAGAUAUAUUGCUAGAUGUACUCCAUUUGAGAAUGUGAUUGAUGCGGACGAAGAAGCUUUGGGUAAUGCUUUGGGCAGAGUUAUUGAGAAGCAUUUUGGUCUUGCAAAGGACAAAAAGGACACGUACAGCUUAGAAUUCAAGGUAAACUUUUUUGUUUUGUCUUUAUUAUAUAGGUAAACGUCUUAUGAGGAUGUUUAUAACAUUCUUUUCAACAAAACAUUGGCCGGAAAGCACUAAUUUUUAAAAAUGUUAUAGCAGACACCUUAACCUUGUUCAACUUUGAAUUAACCUCAAUAACUUUUAGGCCAGAUGCAAUGACAAGUUGAAAUUCGAUCAAGUCCUCAAAAUUGUUGAUUUUCACAUGGCAAACUUUGCUCCACUAUCCAAAGUCAACUUGGGUCAACCAGACAAAACUAUUGUUGUUCAUGUGGUUCACAAAGCUGUUCUAGUUGGAUGUAUUUCUAAUUACAUGGACCUUCGCCGAUAUUCGGCAAAACCAAAAGCUGGAGAUGACUCGAGUGUGGAUGAUGAAGAAGAAAGACGUCGGAAGGAGGAAGAAGAUGAGAAGUUUGCCGGUGUCACCAAGUUUUUGGCCGAACAAAAGAAGGCCGUGGAGGUAGAGCCUAAGAAAAUUUCUUGUAUAGUUCAGUAGAAGAAGCAUUUUACUUUACUAUGGUUUUUAUAGUAAAGUUAAAGCUACAUUAUAUUUUUCAUUAUAUAUUUUCACAUUAUAUUUCAAUUUUAUAUGGUUAGCAGAGAGCAGCCUUUAAUUCACUAUAGCUCGUAGUUAACUAACGCGUUGAAAUUUGUUGAAAAAGUCUGAAAAUUAAAAAAAUUGUUGUCAAAAGUCUUGUUCAGAUCAAAUAAUGUUGCUUAUUUUUGUUUUGAGUCUAAAUUUAGUAAUUUUAAAAUAUUUUUGUUGAAUUACAUUUUUCGUCUUAAAAACGGGUCUUUUUGUCAAGAAAAGUUGUUAUAGUCUAAUUGUUGAACUGUUUUUUGGAAAUAAAAUUGAAAAGAAACCAAUUGUAAGAUUUAAAGAUAGAUUCUUCAAAUUACAAAUGAAAUUUGGGCUUCGAAAAAGAAUUAUAGGCUUGAAAAUUAAAUUUAGGCUUAAAUGUGAAAUUUUAGGCUUAAAAAUUAAAAUUAUGCUUAAAAACGAAACUAGGCUUAAAAACGGUUUCAAGACUUAAAUAUAAAGACUGUUUCAGGAAAGGAAACGUUUGAAAGCAGAAGCCGAAAAGCUAAAUGAAUCCAACCAACGUAUACGACUUCCAAAGUUACACAAACGCUACAUGAAAAUGUAUUCGGAAAUGGCGGACGAUGUGGAACACAUUCCUCGACUUCGUGAUCUGAACCUGAACCCAGGCGAUUUAAGCUAUGGAAUUGUACCUGAACGCAGGUAUCAAUCGCAAAGCUCGAACGGAAGUUAUCAGGAUUCAAUCAGAGGUUAUCGUCAUUCACGGUCACAGAGCUCCAGUGAAGGACGUCAGAAUGCGAAUUCAUAUGGCAGUUGUCAGUAUCUGAGCGAUCGAAACUGGAACCCUCGACAUCAGGCUGCAGGACGUCGUUUUAAUGGGAGGUACCAACAUUCUACGUCUUUCAACGGUGGUUGCCGUCAGAAUUCACGAAAUCAACAUCCGAAGUCUCAGGAUCCAAAUUCACUGAAUCAAGAGGUAAGUUUUGAGAAUCUCAAUUACGAUUUAUUGAUUCAUGAUGUUAAUUUAUGGAAUCUAAAUUCAGAAUUGAAGUUUAGCAUCGAUUUGUUCUGAAUCCGAAUUCGGAUUCUCAUAAACACGAUUAGUCUUGAAUUCAGUUCAGUAAAAAAUUAAUUUUUUCAGAAUCCAAACCUUCAAAACCAAGAUUCAGAUCUUCAGAAUAUGAAUCCACCUUUCCACAAUUCGAAUCCUCAAGAUCUGCCAGCUCAAUCUCAGAAUUUCCAGAAUCUGGACCCAAACUACGAGAUGCAAGGCUCUCCCUAUCUCCAAAACCCCAAUCCUCAGCUGAACAUGACAUACCCUCGCUACGGCGCGCCUUACGACGUCCUAGACGAUUUGAACAUUAUCGACUACGAGAACCGCUACUGGCGCGGCUUUUUCGUCAAUACCGGCAAAACUCGACACAAGUUUGCCAAACCUUCGUAUGAGUAG